UGUUUAUUCAUUCAUAAUAAGUAGCCUUUUUAUUCAAAUACAUGUUGCAGAGGCUGAGAGGCAUGUCCUUUAGGUCAAUAACCUACGCCUAUUACCUAACCCGUAGAUUAAAACACUAAGUUUGAUAAGCUACCACUAGAAGUGAAAUUGACACCAUUAUCUCGUCAACACUGACCUUUUUAAUGGAUGCAUAAUGUAUCUGAUGACCAACUUCCUAAGCCAGGGAGAACAAAGUGGCCUUCUCUUUCCAUACACACUAAAAAAUACAAGCAAUCCACAACCUCUGAAACUUAUUUUGUGGUGUAGCCUAGGCCUAAUUUAUUUAUUCCACCCACAAGCCACAUCACUAGACUGCAGAUCAGAAUGCAUUUCUAUACAUUUUAGGGAAUGUGUUAUUACAAUGAUUAUAACCGAAUUACAGUCAGCUAAAGCUAUUUUGGGUGGCAUAAGUGGUUUUGCAAAUGCAUUUGCAAAACCACUUAUGUGGUUUGACGUUUGACUUUUUUCCCCAAACGCUUUUUGAGUCUUACGAUAUGCCGUAGGCUCUGUAACCAAGAGAAACAGGAAGCCAGUUUUUGAAAGCUUGCUGUCUCUGCCAGAAGCUAACUGUCUAUUCAGCAUUAUAACAGAACGCUUUUUAUGCAGUAGAAGCUAUAUGCCUCGAAUUAGAGGUUAAUAUUAACUGCCUUGUUUGUGAAGAGGAUCAUGGCUUUGCCAACACUUACUGCUCAUUGGCCGAGUCGCGCAAGGACUUUGGAGAGGCAGAUGGCACGGCAACGGGAACAAGAGGCCCGCUGGCGGCAGCAAUGGGAGAACCACUCCAAGUACAUGAAAGACCAGCAUGUUCGUACCAGCAAGCAGGCACAUUGGAGCUCCCGUCAAUCAUACGAACAGAGCAUGAGUGCAUUCCAACGUGAGCGUGUACAAGAGGAGAAGAGACGCAGUCUGGAGGAGCGGAGGGGACGCCUGAGAGCCAUGCUGCAGGAGGAGAGGGACAUGCUGGAGGCCGAGCUCCGACAGGUGAUCCCGGACAGGAGCGCCCUGACCAGGCAGCUGGUGGAGAAGACGGAGAGCCUCCGGUCUGCCAGAGAGGAGCGCAGGAGAAAGGUUGCUCAGGAGUUGCUGAGGGAACACUGGAAGACAAACAACCCUGAGUUGCGAAAGGUUGAGUCGACGUUGCAUAAAGAUCACGUUGUGGGCCAUUGGCAGGUCCAGCAGGAGGAGAAGAAGCAGGAGGAGGAGAAGGCCGUGGAGGAGCAGAGGUGCUUCGAGAACGAGUACGGGCGCGCCCGCAGGGAGGCCCUGGAGAGGAUGAAAGAGGCGGAGGAGAAGCGGAAAGAGGAGGGGAAGAGGAGAGCCGAGGAUCUCCGCCAGCAGAUGGAGGAGCUGAAGCUGCGAGAGGAGGAGGCCAAGCGUCUGAAGGAGGAGCAGGAGGCCCUGCUGGUGCAGCACUGGGAGGUGGAGAGGCUGGAGGAGGAGCGGAAGAGGGCUGAGGAGGACAGGAAGAAAGCCAAUCUGGGGCGGGUCCUGACGAGGCAGUAUCGCACCCAGCUGAAGAGGAGAGCCCAGCAGGUACAGGAGGAGCUGGAGUCGGACCGGCGCCUGCUGGCAGUGCUGGUGGAGGCCCAGCAGCAGGAGCGGACGCUGGAGAGCGCACGGCGGGAGCGGGCGGUGGCGGACGCCGCCUGGAUGAAGCGCGUGUUGGAGGAGCAGCUCCAACUGGAGAAGCAGAGGGAGGCCGAGUUUGAGAUCCUCUACAGUGAGGAGGCCCAGCGGAUGUGGGAGAAGAGAGAGGCCGAGUGGGCAAGAGAGAAGCGGGCCAGAGAGAGGCUCAUGCAGGAGGUUCUGUCGGAGCGUCAGCAGCAGCUGGAGCAGAAGAUGCAGGAUAACCGGCAGGCCCAGGAGGAGUCUCUGCAGAGGCGCCAGGAGCUGAUAGAGCAGCUGGAGCAGGAGCGCCUCCGCCACAUGCAGGAGCACCUGGAGCUGGAGGGCCAGAAGACCGUGCGCAUGCAGGAGAUCAGCGCACAGGUGGAGGCGCAGCGUAGGGAGCACUGGGAGGAGGAGCGGCGACGGGAGCAGGAGGAGGAGGAGGCGCUGGCGGCGCUGAGGCUGGAUGAAGAGCAGAUGCAGCAGGAGACCCAGAGGAUGGCCCAGCAGGGCUACCAGGACAGGAUCCGAGGACGACCACGCUCUGCCUGGACCUGAUCCGCUUGACCACAUGCUGCUCAUGGACUUGAUCGAGUUCUUAUCGGUCCUUAAUUUAUGGAUCAUUUGGUUAGAAGGAAUUAAGUGUGUUUUUCUAGUUGUUUAUUAGUGUUUUUGUACAAUUACCAAAUCAUUUUUAUAAUGUUUUUUUAAUAAAAAAAAGGUAUCUCGUAAAUUAAAAAAGGGAUUGAAUUGAUACUCAUGGUUGUUAACUGGCCAUGCACGAAAGGGGUGCAUUUCAUGUCGACACACCUUAUCAAUAUUCAGAAACUCUACAAUUAACAAUUAACAUUGAAUUACACUGGAGGUCGUGCCAAGAGCUGUUUAAUGUUACCUGCCUCUUAAGUAACUAGAAAAUGAAUAUGGCAUCUCUGCUCCUGAUGUAAACAGCAUGGAGAUGUAAUUUCACCUCCAGCCUGUGUCAGUUCAUACGGGGGGAAAGUUGAGGGACACAACACUCUGGAACGCUUCAAAAAAAAUCAGGGCCAUUUUUUUAAAAAGAGAAAAUAAAGAUUCUUAGAUUUG